UAUCGGCUGCUUCUAUCUUUUGCCCUCUCUGUUAUCUCCCUUGUACUCCCGCGUCUCCAAUAAAGAACGUCAUUUGGAAAGCUAAUUACGCCUUUGUUGUCGUGUACUUUCCGAAAUCCGCGAUUGUGUCCUUUUAAUUUACCUCCGGCUGUGUGUUGUCCCCUGGAUUAACCACGUGUUAAUCCGGGAACAGACAUCUAAGUUUAAAACCCACCCUACACAGCACAGUACACACUAGAAGUGAACGUUAUGGGAUAGAGAAUGCUGUGUUAUUCGUUUCAAAGGACUAGUGCUGCUGAUAACAGAAAACACUGAACGUCGAUGUUGGUUAGAAAAGAAGUAUUUUUAUCAUAAUGUUUGGAUAUCUGUUUGGGACAUAUUUCGUGGUUUAUUAUUUGGUGUGGACGAACAAGAAAUAGUGUUAAUUUGAUGUACUGUUGAGAGAUAUAGAAAGUUUCCAAGUGAGCGGUAGAGAUGGGAGACUCUGAUAUAGAUUGCAACCAGUUCCACCACCUGGCCAACUUAAGUGACGUCUGCACGUUUGUCAAGACAACCAGCUCCUGUGAUAUAGAUGAAGGUUUUGUCAACUAUACCCAGCUCAUCUACUGCACGCUGGGAAGUCUGCCGGUUUGGCUGGCAUGUAUUCUACUGAUCAUCUGGUGGCUGUUUCUGUUUUGUGGUCUGGCGGUCACGGCGGAUGAAUUUUUUUGUCCAGCUUUGGCGGUCAUUUCCCAGAACUUAAAGUUGAGUCACAAUGUGGCAGGUGUUACCUUUUUGGCGUUUGGAAACGGAGCCCCAGACAUUUUCUCUGCUAUAGCCGCCAUCGGAAAUGCCAAAGAAGGUGACGCUGGGCUGGCCGUUGGAGCAUUGUUUGGCGCUGGUGUUUUUGUGACAGCUGUUGUGGCCGGCUCUAUUUCAAUCAUCAAACCUUUUCAAUGUAUGGAACGGCCUUUUUUAAGAGACGUCAUCUUCUAUCUGGCCGCCUGCUACUGGGCCUGGGUCGUUCUCUGGGACAAGAAGAUUACUCAGUUGGAAGCCGCUGGUUUUAUAAUUUUGUAUGUCUUCUACGUCCUCGUUGUCGUCAUUGGUCGCUACGUCAAUCAGAAAUUUAAAAACAGACAGACUGGAAGUCUCCUAUCUAGACUUUGUGGUGAACCAGCCAUUGAUAUAGAGGAUGAUGAGGCCCGCAAGUCACUGAUUAAAUCCAUACAGACCCUACCGCCGGACAUUGAGAUUGAACAAACGCCCAUCUUACGUUCCAGCAGCCACGAGCACAGUGAGAAGUCCAUGUUUGCUGACUUCCUGUGUGAGAUCAACCCAGUCGAUCUCCAGGAGUGGAAAGAGAGAAGAAUAUUUGGGAAGAUUUAUGAAAUAUUUAAGAGUCCGCUAGUUCUGCUGCUUAAGUUGACAGUACCAGUGGUCAGUGAGGAGCCAGAAGAUGGACAAGACGAGAUGAGAAACUGGAACAAACUUUUAAAUUGUGUACACGUCUUUACGGCCCCAGUGUUCGCCAUGUUCGCCACGGGAGUUGGGUUCACAAAGAUUGGCUCAGUGUUCCCUGUCUAUGGCCUGGUCAUGAUCAUUAGUGCUGUCCUCUUUGUUGCCGUCUACGUCACGUCCAAGAGAGACCACAGACCUGUUUAUCAUACGGCUUUUGCUUAUCUGGGUUUUAUUGCAGCCGUGAUCUGGAUUUAUUCGAUAGCUAAUGAGAUAGUCAAUAUACUUCAGGCUUUAGGAGUUGUCUUUGAUUUAUCGGAUGCCAUAUUGGGCUUGACUUUGCUGGCCUGGGGCAACAGUAUUGGAGACUUGAUAGCAGACACCACCAUGGCACGGCAAGGUUAUCCCAGGAUGGGCAUCUCGGCUUGUUUUGGAGGCCCAUUGUUUAAUCUCCUUUUAGGUCUUGGAAUUCCAUUUACCAUUGCUUGUAUCAAGCGUGGAGGAGUGUUCUAUCUGAAAGUGAACUUGGAACAAAUGGUCCUAGCGGCUGGACUUGGAUUUUCACUGGCGUCCUCUCUGGUGAUUGUACCCUUCUCCAAGUUCAAAAUGUCAAGGCCGUAUGGGAUCUACCUUCUCUUCCUCUAUGCCACGUUCCUUGUAGUGGCAGUGUUGAUCGAAGUAAACGUCAUUCACAACUUUGACCUAUGAACUAUCGGAAAGACAGCCGGAAAGACAGAUGGAAAUGCAGCUUUAUCUGCAACAUGUUACAUGAUUCAUUUUUCAAAUAUUGCAGCUUUGUAUCUUCUGUCAAGGUUACGUCUGCAAUAUUUUAUUUACUUCCGUCCGAUCUGAGGCUAAAAACCUGGCACAUAAAAUUAUAAACAAACAGGACAGAAAUAAAAACAGUGCUAAGGAAAGCAUUGUAGAAAAACACAAACCACCGAGACACUGACCUAAAUAGGUAAAUAGCACAGACUACUCAGUCACUGACCUAUAUGGGUGAAUAACAUGAACUUCUCAUGACACUGACCUAUUUUUUCAGGAAGAAAAAAAACAACAACCACUGUAAAAAGAUUUACGAAGUGAAACAAAAAAUAACAUUACACUUUUUACGGUUAUAAUAGAAAAAAAAGUCACCACUGACUUCUACUAAUAGAAAUCUAAAUCUCUCUUGACCUAAACUGUUCAUGAACUUUUGUGUUUUUUGUAAUUUACAAACGUUUCACAUGUUUUUAUGUAGUAAUUCUCAACCAGGGAUACGUACAAUAUGGCUGCUUCAACAACUUUGGUUCGUGGCUAUGAUACGUUUGAGAGAACAGUAGGCAAACUGAAUUCUAUUGAUACGUAUAUAUUCAAUGUACUUUUUAAACGAAAUUAUUGGAAUGUGUGUAUAUUAUUUAGUUCUUAUAAUAAACUAAUUUCUAUGAAGUUCUAUUGUAUACGUUCAAUGACAGAAGUGUUUAGAACGUUUCCUUAUCAUUGGACUGGAACAUGUUUUAUCAUUUCCUGAAACAUUGAAGUGCUUUCAGGUGUACUUGUGAUAUUGGAUUUGUGAUACAAAACAUUCCACUAUAUCCUAAGGUAGAUACAAAUCGGACUUUGUUAGUUGAAAUAGUCUUUCUGUAAACCAUGUUUGCUAUAAAUCAUAUAUUUUUUUAAAAUUUCUAUUCAUCACAUAUACGCAUUGAAAGAGAGAGAGAGAGAUGCUAGGACACAUUUGUACAAAUGCUCCUUCUUUCCUAGUGCUAUUAGAGCAUGGAAUGGGUUGCCUGAGCUAGCCAGGAGAACCAGUGACUUGGCAGAAAUUUUAGUCAUUGGUUAAUAUUCAUGACUAAAUGCAUGACGCGUAGGACGUAAUCAUCUUCUUUUUUUGAAGUAACGUCUGUAUUAUAUAAGAUAAGAAGAGAGAGAGAGAGAGAGAAAAUCAUUGUUUGAAAGAAUUCCUGUUUCCUACGUGUGGUUAGAGAUACACAUCUCAUCGGAUAUCAUUACAUAGAACAUAAUUCAUAACAAACACUUUAGACUUAGAGAAUGCAAGAAAUAGCAACGUGAUGAAAAAAAGUAUUUUGUUAAAAAAAACCACUUGAAUAUGGAAGUUUUCAGUACAAUAUUUUGAACACUUUUUUUUUCUUUUUAGCAAGCUCUUUGCUGUUGAAUGGGGCCAAUAAUGAAAUCUGUCCCAUGUGAACAAAAAUUUGUUUCGCACUCCCACACCCCCUCCCACUCAAUACAAAUCACUGGUCUAAAGGGGGAGAAGAGGGUGCAAAGUGUGUACAAACUUUCAAAGUGAACAAGGUCGCAAACUGUUACUACCAUUAAUAGCAAAUUAAAAAAUAUAUAAGUAACGAUUCUGUAUUUAGAAUGUUAUCUGAACUGGUCUAGACUGCAACGGACCGAUUGAGGAAUUGGGGAAUAUAGUUGAAGUAUUCAUUAAUACUUAUGUAUUCAUUUUGCUUUCAACCACACACCACACAGCCAUUCAAUAAAUAAAGUCCAAAACUCAUUAUUAAGCAAUAAGCCACAUCUAUAACCACUGGGUCUACAUUUUCCCAUUUUGGUUGUGUAGUUUGCGCGCUGUCUUUCGGACUUAUCGAUGGUCCCGGGUUCAAACCCUGCCCGCUCCCAUCCCCCGCUGUCCUGCGGGAGGUUUGGACUAGGAAGUAAACUAUCUUCAACUCUGAAGGAACAUCCGAAACAUGUAAAACACUUUACAAAUAACAGAUUACAUUUAAAUAUAGACAAUCAGACGCUCUGACUGCCCUUGUUAGGAACAACUCAUUAAGUCUGUCAUGAAUGGCUCCCUCCUAUUACACAUACGUGUAUGUCUGGUCAUCUAUACUGUCAUAGUGUAUCUCUAGUAGGUAGGAAUGAAUGCCGUUCGUAUGUGGCUAGUAUUGUAGAGACCAGUAUGUAGGGAACACGCUGUUUCUAUAACAAAACAUAACCCUAACUCUGCUCUAACUUGACCAAAUGUAUUAAUUAUGGACAUCAUUUAUUUGUGUCUUUCAGUUUAUUGUCUUAUUAUUCAGUUUAUUAUUUGUUGACAUCUUAUAUUUGUAUAUGUUAUAUAACGAAACGUAAUAGUUGCAUUGAUUAUUACAUGAUCACGAUUUUUUAAUUAUUCGAUCAUUGCGCCAUUACUUCCCUUGUGGGGAAUAAAAAUUAAAUGUUA